AUGAGGGGCCACUGGUGGAGGGAGGAGAGGUACGGACGGGUGGAAGGCGGGGAGGUGCGGGUGCGGGCACGGUUGCAAUGGGCAGAGGAGGGGCACAGCGUGGGAGAAUGGCUCUUCACACUCACAGCCCCUCUUCCCUCUUUCGCACUCCCUUUCCUCCCCACCCAUCCUCCACCAGCGCUGCCGCGGGCGAGCGAUUUGGCGAUUGAGGGGCCGCUGGUGGAGGGUGGGGAGGUGCGGGUGCGAGUGCGGUUGCAAUGGGCCGAGGAGGGGCGCAGCGAGGUGGAGUGGUUCUUCACUCACACGCCCCACUCCCUUUCAACUGCGGACCUUCAGCCCAUCACUGCUGAGACCCCCAACUCCAUGGAGCCGCAACAAGGGGGUGCAGGGGGCGGAGAAGGGAGGGAUCUGAGGGGCCUCAAGAGGAGGGGCCUCAAGAGGAGGGGCCUCAAGAGGAGGGGCCUCAAGAGGAGGGGCCCAGUGAGGUGGAAUGGUUCUUCACCCACACGCCCCACUUCCUUUCCACUUUCUCUCCCUCCGUCCAACCUAGGCAUGGGCAUCUGGCCCGACCCGGCCCGACCCGCCCUCACAGUGCCUCUGGAGGCCAUAGGGUCGCACCUGGCAGUGCGGCUGGUGCCGGUGCGGGCAGAUGGGGUCAAGGGCAGGCCUGUGGUCGCCGUGUCCUCUGCUGCAGUCACAGGCUUCAGAUUCACUCUUUUCCCUGCUCUGCAUUGCCCUCCCCUGCACUGCAUUGCCCUCCCCUGCACUGCAUUGCCCUUCACUGCACUGCAUUGCCCUUCCCUGCACUGCAUUGCCCUUCACUGCACUGCAUUGCCCUUCCCUGCUCUGCAUUGCCCUUCCCUGCACUGCAUUGCCCUUCCCUGCUCCUUCUACCCUCUCUCCUCCCGCCCAGAGGGCGAGCCGCAGGUGCUGAGUGCGGACAUGGAGGGGGAGGAGGAGGAGGGGGGUGUGCUGGUGGGGUAUUACACGUACCAGGGAGGGGCCGAGGGGGACUCGCUGCUCGAGUGGUACCGAUAUGCGGACGAGGAUGGCCAGCCGGGGCCACACGGCGAGUUGGUAGAAGACGAGGACGGCGAGCAGCCGCGGAUGGCAGGGGGCGGCAUGAGUCGGCAUGUUCCGUCCGCUAGCGACGUGGGCUGCUUCCUCUCCUUCCGCGUCACCCCUGUGCGAUCCGACGGGGCGGUCGGCACCCCCCAGGCUGUCUGCACGGCCGGCCCGAUCCGGGCGGCGCUGCCGUCCGUUAGUGACGUGUGGGUGGAGGGCGAUCUGGUGGAGGGCGGGCGGCUGGUGCCCAGGUGGACGUAUGCGGGCGGCAGACAGGGGAACACACGCGUGCAAUGGUUCUCGAUGCUGCCCGACAUGAGUGACAAGCGCCGCAUUCACCCAGCAGGCGCGCUAGGGGGAGAGGGGGGGCUAGAACAGGGCGGGGGGGGGGAGGAGGAGGGGGAGGAGGAGGAGGGGGGGCUGCGAGUGGGGGCGGAGGAGGUGGGGCGGGUGGUGAUGGUGGUGUGUGUCCCAGUGAGGGAUGAUGGGGAGGAGGGCGCGGCUGUUGAGAGCAGUCCCGUGGGACCCAUCAUGCCAGGUAAGGAGCAAUGCAAAGAAGGGGGAGGGGAUGGGGAGAAGAGGCAGGAAGGGGUGCGGUGA